UACAGAUACUUUCACGAUGAGACGAUCUAUCUUACUUUAUGUUUGUUUGUUUAUGAGAAGAUACUGCUUAUCAUUUGCAUUACGUGAUGUCAUUACAAAAUCUACCAGCACUAUUCCAGAUGAAGAUGAAAAGAGAAUUAACAUAUAUCUUUGUCAAGGAGAAACACUGAAUAUUACCUGUCCGAAAAACUUUGUUAUUGUGUUUGAUGAUGCAAACUUUGGUCGUGGACAUUCAGAUAGUGAACGAUGUACACAGUUAUCGGGCAUAGAAAGAAAUCAUUGUGACAACCACGAACAGACCUUAAAAGUCUUAAAUGAUAAAUGUCAUGAUCAACAGCAAUGUAUUAUUCCCGUGGACAAAGAUAUAUUUGGAAAUCCAUGUUUAACUGUUACAAAGUACCUAUAUGUGAAAUAUCACUGUAAAAGAAAGGAAAAUCAUGGUAUGUAG